AUGGUACGAUGUUGGCGUGGGACACUAAAACAACCCUUCGGUAUAAAACUAUUCUGGAAUAUUCAUCACGCACAUCCACGAUUUCUCAACAAAACAGUUCUCGUUGUUAAUAAUGAUGUUACAGGAGCCUUCCAUUUGCUCAACAGGUUAAUGAACAAUGAAGGUUUACUAGAUAUUCUACGAAAAACACGAUAUUAUCGAAAACCGUACAUGCAGCGGAAUGAAUUGUCCAGAGAAAUCUCAAAGGCAAUUAUCAACGAAGAUAUGCAGAGGAAAAUACAGUUUUUGAUGAGGAAAAAUCGACCCGAUCCAUAUCCAGGUCAAAUAACUACAUGA